UCUCUUAAUGUUUUUUACAUUGUUCUCAACAUCGUUUUGGUCUGUCAGUCUGAAAUUCGUGUGCGUUUUGUUACAUUAUAGUUUUUUUUCUAUUCAAGCGAUCUCAAGCUGAUUAAAUAUAAAUUGAAAAUUUAUUCAAGAUUUUUUUAUUAAUAUUCAUCGACUUUUUAUUGAUUAAAUUGAUUGCUAAAUUUUAAACAAAACAAUUGAAUUAUGUCUGAACCUAAACAAGGAGAUGAUCUGGCUACGGCCAUUUUGAAACGCAAACAAAAACCAAAUCGUCUUUUUGUGGAAGAAGCAACCAAUGACGACAAUUCAGUUAUUGCUCUAUCUCCGGCUAAAAUGGAAGAAUUGAAUCUUUUUCGUGGUGAUACGGUCUUGUUAAAGGGUAAAAAACGACGCAACACUGUUUGCAUUGUUUUAUCAGACGAUACCUGCCCGAAUGAACAUAUUCGCAUGAACCGCUGCGUCCGAAACAAUCUUCGUGUACGCUUCGGGGAUUUGGUUUCAAUUCAACAUUGUCCAGAUGUUAAAUAUGGUAAACGUGUCCACAUAUUGCCCAUUGAUGAUACUGUUGAAGGCGUUACGGGUAGUAUAUUCGAAGUGUUUUUGAAACCAUACUUCCUUGAAGCUUAUCGUCCGAUUCACAAAGGUGAUCUGUUCAUUGUUCGCGCUGCAAUGAAAGCUGUCGAAUUUAAAGUGUUAGAAACUGAUCCAUCUCCAUAUUGUAUUGUCUCACCUGAUACGGUCAUAUUUUGCGAAGGUGAACCUGUCAAACGUGAAGAAGAGGAAGAAAGUCUCAAUUCGAUUGGCUAUGAUGAUAUAGGUGGUUGCCGUAAACAAUUGGCAUUGAUUAAAGAAAUGGUUGAGUUGCCAUUGCGUCAUCCAACUUUAUUCAAAGCAAUUGGUGUUAAGCCUCCACGAGGUAUUCUUCUUUAUGGACCGCCCGGUACUGGUAAAACUCUUAUUGCUCGUGCGGUUGCAAAUGAAACCGGUGCUUUCUUUUUUCUAAUAAAUGGGCCGGAGAUAAUGAGCAAAUUGGCUGGUGAAUCUGAAAGUAAUCUUCGACGUGCAUUUGAAGAAGCGGAAAAAAAUGCACCAGCCAUCAUCUUCAUCGAUGAAUUAGAUGCUAUCGCCCCAAAACGUGAAAAAACUCAUGGCGAAGUUGAACGACGAAUCGUAUCACAAUUAUUGACAUUAAUGGAUGGUUUAAAACAACGUGCUCAUGUUAUCGUGAUGGCUGCUACCAAUCGACCGAAUAGUAUCGAUCCAGCUCUCAGACGUUUCGGUCGAUUCGAUCGUGAAGUUGAUAUUGGUAUUCCAGAUACAACUGGUCGUAUGGAAAUUCUCCGGAUCCACACAAAAAAUAUGAAACUUGCUGAAGAUGUUAAUCUUGAAAAAAUGGCUCAAGAAACGCAUGGUUUUGUUGGGGCUGAUUUAGCUCAACUCUGUACCGAAGCCGCUUUACAACAAAUCCGUGAAAAGAUGGAUUUAAUUGAUCUAGAAGAGGAUCAAAUAGAUGCUGAAGUAUUGAAUUCUUUGGCUGUGACUAUGGACAAUUUCCGUUAUGCAUUAGGCAAAAGCAGCCCGAGUGCUUUGAGAGAAACGGUUGUUGAAGUUCCUACAGUUACAUGGGAGGAUAUCGGUGGCUUGCAGAAUGUCAAAAAAGAAUUGCAAGAAAUGAUUCAAUAUCCGGUCGAACACCCUGAUAAAUUUCUCAAGUUUGGUAUGACACCAUCACGAGGUGUCCUUUUUUAUGGACCCCCUGGAUGUGGCAAAACAUUAUUAGCAAAAGCUAUAGCCAACGAAUGUCAAGCUAAUUUCAUAUCCAUCAAAGGUCCAGAGUUGUUAACCAUGUGGUUUGGUGAAUCGGAAGCUAAUGUCCGAGAUGUCUUUGACAAGGCACGUGCUGCUGCUCCUUGUGUGUUGUUUUUUGAUGAACUUGAUUCGAUCGCUAAAGCUCGUGGCGGUAGCGUUGGCGAUGCUGGUGGUGCUGCUGAUCGCGUUAUCAAUCAAAUCCUAACCGAAAUGGAUGGUAUGGGAAGCAAAAAGAAUGUGUUCAUAAUUGGCGCAACAAAUCGUCCGGAUAUCAUUGAUCCAGCCAUUUUGCGACCCGGACGUCUUGAUCAGCUUAUGUAUAUUCCGUUACCGGAUGAAAAAUCACGAGAAUCUAUUUUGAAGGCUAAUCUUCGCAAAUCGCCCAUUUCAAAAGAAGUAGAUUUAUGCUACAUUGCUAAGAUAACACAUGGAUUCAGCGGAGCAGAUCUCACUGAAAUAUGUCAACGUGCCUGUAAACUUGCUAUUCGUGAAGCGAUCGAAGCGGAAAUUAAGCGCGCUAAAGAGAAAAAAGAUCAAGAACCAUCAGCGAUGGAUGUUGAAGAGCAGGAUCCAGUGCCGGAAAUUCGACGCGAUCAUUUUGAAGAUGCUUUGAAAAUGGCGAGACGAUCUGUUAGCGAUGCUGACAUCCGUAAAUAUGAAAUGUUUUCGCAGACAUUGCAGCAAAGUCGAGGUUUCGGUUCAAAUUUCAGAUUUCCAGGAAGCCAGAAUCAAUCCUCGAACAACGAAGCCGAUAACGUUGAUGAAGAUUUGUAUACAUAGAUUAUUUUCAUUAUAAUGAUCACAAAAGAUAUUAGCCCAUGAAAUUGUUGUGUUGGCAGUAGUGAUUU